CAGUGCAGGAUGGAGUGCAAGGACGUGCCGGCGGAGACGCUCUAUGACGUGCUGCACGACAUCGAGUAUCGGAAGAAGUGGGACACCAACGUCAUCGAGACCUUCGACAUCGGGAAGUUGACCGUCAACUCCGACGUGGGCUACUACGCCUGUGAGGAGGGGAAGUACCCCCCUCGGAAGGACAUGGUGCGGGCGGUCUCCAUCCAGACAGGCUACCUGAUCGAGGGGACGGGAGCCCAGAGCUGCACCAUCACCUACCUGGCACAGGUGGACCCCAAAGGUUCCCUGCCCAAGUGGGUGGUCAACAAAUCCUCGCAGUUCCUGGCCCCCAAGGCGAUGAAGAAGAUGUACAAAGCCUGCCUCAAGUACCCAGAGUGGAAGCUGAAGCACGACCCUCACUUCAAGCCCUGGCUCUUCCCGGAGCAGAGCCGGUUGCCCACCCUGGCUCUCUCCGAGCUCUCCCUCCAACACGCUG